AAAUAAAUGUAUGCUUUUUUCAGUUGAACUAGUCACGACAAGUACACCGGAGAGGCUACGAGGAUCACUUUGUAUAACAUGGCAGUUUCUGGGCAAGAUGUACGUCCACGAUCACCACCAAGAGGUCCUCCUCAUGGAGAAGAAGAUGUAAAAUACAGUCGCAGGUCCUGUUCCCAUGGCUAUGAAGGUGCUACUGCUGCUGCUCCAGAUCUGGACAGUCCAAGAGACAAUGAGACUAGAGAUGAGGACUUAAAGCUUGGAUCUUCAUUAAAAUGCUCAGUGGUGUCUUCCCGUUUUAGAUCUAAAGCUUUGUGUGACGACCCUUUCAAAGGGGUUCAAAAUAGACUUGCAUUCCUUCACCCCUCCUUUGAUAAAGGUUAUAGAAAAGACGGGAAGCGUGAUCAUCCAAACUGCAACAAUUGUGGUUCUGCUUCUCAUGAAGCAAAAGCUUGCUUCAUGAGACCAUCAUCUUCUAGGAAGGAAGAGCAGAUAAAUGCAACAUCUUCUAGUAAGGAAGAGGAGAUAAACCCAAAGGAUGUUGAGAGAAGACCAGAUGAAGAAGAACCGGGUCCAGAUUUUUUGUUUCAGUUCUCACUUCAAAAUGAACAUGUCCGUGCACGUGGUGGUGGAGGGUUAGAAUUUGCUCAAGCGGGUCAAAGACAACAUGUACUUUCAUGGGAUCACCCCUGGGAUUCAAGAAGCUACUAUCCUCCAGAAUUAUCUAGUAAAAAGAGACUGCAGAAGGGUAACUACAAAGAGGAAGGGUAUCCUCUUAUUACACGGGAUCACCCCCGGGAGAAGAUAGAAUCUUUGGUAUCAAGAAGCGACUAUCCUCGAGAAUUCUCUAGUGGAAAGAGACUGCAGAAGGGAAGCUACAAAGAGGAAGAGUAUCCACGGGUCAAGAAAGAUAUGGGACAAGUAAAGAGACUAGAGAAGGGAAGAAACUACAAAGAGGAAGAAGAGUAUCCACGGGUCAAGAAAGAUAUGGGACAAGUGGUUCACAAGAUGCUGAGCAAAAUGGGGUAUAAAGAAAGACAAGGGCUUGGUAAAGAUGAACAAGAUAUGAAAGAGCCACUAAUAGCUACUGGGAAUGAAGGACGGCUGGGAAUUGGUGCCAAAAGGCCUAGAGAGUAAUAGCAUCGGAUUAGCACUUGUAGCAAUACUUUUUGUUUGUUUUUUUUGUCCCUAGAAAGUAGCUUUAGAACACGAUAACAAACAUCGUUUUGUCGAAUUAAAAGGCUGUUUUAGUU